ACACAAUCUAUUUUCAUUUUCGUCUCUCCUUGUCUUUCUAAAUGAAACUUCACGCAGGGGAGCCUCCCUUGGGCGGCAGAAGCCAUGCACAGCCAAAAACAACGAAAAUUGUCCUAAUUAUAAUCUUUGUUACCUUAGUUUUGCUCACUAUCAUCCCUGUAUUUUACCCUUUACUAGGGUAUCCUUUAUACCUGCUAAGAAACUCUUCUUCCAAGCCAUCAUCCACAUAUGAUUCUGAUCAAGAACUCCAGGCUGCUUCAAUAAGGAUAUCGGAAGGUGAGAAUUGUGACAUAUUUUCCGGGGAAUGGGUGCCAAAUCAUGAUGCCCCUUACUACACGAACACGACAUGCUGGGCGAUACAUGAGCAUCAGAAUUGCAUGAAAUAUGGAAGGCCUGAUACAGAGUUCAUGAAAUGGAAGUGGAAACCUGAUGGCUGUGAGCUUCCUGUUUUCAACCCUGCUCAGUUCCUGGAAAUUGUUAGAGACAAGUCCUUAGCAUUUGUUGGAGACUCUGUGGGUAGAAACCAAAUGCAGUCCUUGAUAUGCCUUCUUUCCAGGGUGGAAUACCCUUUAGAUGUUUCAUACACGGCAGAUGAAAAAUUCAAACGAUGGAAAUACACAACUUACAACUUCACCAUUGCUUACCUUUGGACUCCACAUUUGGUUAAAUCGAAAGAAAGAGAGGCCAACGGUCCCACACAGACUGGCCUCUUCAAUCUUUAUCUUGAUGAGUAUGAUGAAGAAUGGACAGCCCAAAUUGAAGAAUUCGACUACCUAAUCAUCUCAGGUGGCCAUUGGUUUUAUCGUCCAUCAGUUUUUUAUGAAAAUCACCAAGUUGUUGGUUGCCACUUUUGUCUCAUACAAAAUGUGACAGACUUGACAAAAUUCUAUGGCUAUAGAAAGGCUUUCAGGACUGCUUUCAGGGCUAUUAAUAGCUUAGAAAAUUUCAAAGGCAUAACAUUUCUUAGAACUUUUGCACCACCACACUUUGAGAAUGGAUUGUGGAACCAAGGUGGAAAUUGUGUGCGAAAAAAGCCAUUUCGAAGCAGUGAGACGGUGUUGGAUGGCGAUAACUUGGAGCUUUACAUGAUUCAAAUAGAGGAAUUCAGGACUGCUGAAAGAGAAGGGAGAAAGAAAGGGAAGAGAUACAGGCUAAUGGACACAACACAAGCAACAUUGUUAAGACCAGAUGGUCAUCCUAGUAGAUAUGGGCAUUGGCCUCAUGAAAAUGUGACUUUGUACAAUGAUUGUGUGCAUUGGUGCUUGCCUGGGCCGAUUGAUACUUGGAAUGAUUUCUUGCUUCAAAUGUUGAAGAUGGAAGGCGUAAGAUCAUAUCAAGAGAGGCUUUAUUCAGUUGACAGGAAAAUGAGAUUCGAAUAAAUUCAGUUCCUUUUUACCUUUUUGUUUCUAAUUAUUUUGUAUUCAAUAUUUUAUUUUUCCUUUUUAUUGUACUCUUAAGUGUUGAUUUUUAUUUUUUUUGUAAAUAAAGCUUUAUGUAAACUCCCCAAUGUGAGAGAGCUCUUGAAAUAAGGCGUAGGCCUAGUCAAAAUAUGUGGUUUGGUGCACAAGCUGAGUGCUGAAGUGAACACGUUUGGACGUUCAAAUGAAUGAAAUCAGUUGGA